CAGUUAUGACACAAUUCCUGGGAAUAGCAGUGAAUAGCAAAUAUGUCCUUUGCAGGUAUUUGUCUGAAUUAUGUGGGAUAGGAUCUAGUGCGCUGGCAAUAAACCGAGGAAAUUCAUCAUCUUUCCCCACUGGAGUGAAACUGUUGUCUUACUUGUAUAAGGAAGCUUUGAAUAACUGUAGCAAUGAGCACUAUCCAGUGCUACUCUCUCUGUUAAAAAGCAGCUGUGAACCAUAUACAAGGUUUGUCUAUGACUGGGUUUACAGUGGCAUUUGCAGGGAUGCAUAUGGAGAGUUCAUGAUCCAGGUGAAUGAGGACUACCUUAACUUUAGAGAUAAACAUUACUGGACCAAUGGAUAUGUUCUAGCUUCUAAAGAGGUUGAAGAGUGUGUCCCACUUUUCCUUGCUCAUGUGGCUUAUGACAUCUACAUCUGUGGAAAAACUAUUAACUUGUUGAAAUUGUGCUCUCCAAUG